AGAGAGAAAGAGAGAGUGUGUGUGUCCCUCAGCUCACAUCAGUCAGUGUGUAUUAAAGUGUGAGUGGAGGGAAUGAACGCACUUAUCAGGACACACGCACAAACAGGAUGCUGCUCAAGCCGGAGCUGUGGACUCUUCUCUGUGUCAGUGUAAAAGCGUCAUGUGUGUUGGAGUGUGGGAGUUUCAGCAUGGGAGCGAAUAACGGCAAACAGGGUGGAAGUGAAGGUAAAGGAAGCUCCAGCAUUUCCUCCGACGUGAGCUCCGGCACGGAUCAUACACCCACCAAAGCUCCCAGGAAUGUAACUGCCAGUGAAGAUUCAGACCUGAGCAUGAGGACACAUAGCACCCCGAGUCCUGCUCUCAUCCUGAACUUGAGUCCUUCUCAUCUUUCUCCUCAAACUCUCCCCAAUGGGUCUCCAUCCUCAUCCCCAUCUCCAUCUCCAUCCCCCACCAUUCCUAGAGAAACUGUCGCUAUCGUCCAUGCUCCUCCAGGAAGCUGCAAAAAGGCCUCCAAAUCUCACUCCACUGCACUCAUUGAAUUUCUUCCAGACCCUGUCAUUUUGCAGAUCUUCGCUCACCUGUCUACUCCGCAGCUGUGUCGCUGUGCACGAGUGUGCCGCCACUGGUACGGCCUGGCCUGGGACCCACGUCUCUGGAGAACUAUCCGACUAAGCGGAGAGUUACUCCAUGCCGACAGAGCCCUGAAGGUUCUCACUCAGCGUCUGUGCCAGGACACCCCCAAUAUCUGUCUCACCCUGGAGAUGGUGGUAGCCAGCGGAUGCCCGAGGCUGUCUGAUCGCGGCCUGCGUGUGCUGGCUCAGUGCUGUCCUGAGUUACGGCACCUCGAGAUGGCAGGCUGUUAUAACAUUUCUAAUGAGGCGGUAUUUGACAUUGUGUCCCGCUGUCCUAAUCUUGAGCACCUAGAUGUCUCGGGCUGCCCUAAAGUGACAUGUAUAAGUCUGACCAAAGAGACUUCACUGCCUCUCUCUCCACUCCACGGACAACAGAUUGGCCUGCGCUAUCUGGACAUGACAGACUGCACAUCUCUGGAGGAUGAAGGCCUGCGUGCCAUUGCUCUUCACUGCCCGCUCCUCACCCAUCUCUACCUGCGCCGCUGCACCCGGUUGACAGAUGAAGCCUUACGCCAGCUGACUCUUCACUGUCCUGCUCUGCGCCAGCUCAGUCUGAGUGAUUGCCAUUUACUGAGCGACUUUGGCUUGCGUGAGGUGGCCCGCAUGGAGGGUCAACUCCGCCAUCUGAGCGUGGCCCACUGCAGCCGCAUCACUGACGUAGGCCUGCGCUAUGUGGCACGCUACUGUCCACGUCUGCGCUACCUGAAUGCUCGGGGCUGUGAAGGCGUCACAGAUCAGGGCCUGAGCCAUCUUGCUCGUGGCUGCCCCAAGCUGCGGGCGCUGGACGUGGGCCGAUGCCCAUUGGUAUCAGACAUGGGACUUGAGGUGUUAGCACGUUGUUGCGUUGGGCUCAGAAGGCUCAGUCUAAAAGGAUGUGAGAGUCUAACUGGCAGAGGGUUGAAGGCAUUAGCUACAGGAUGUCCUGAACUGCAGAUGCUUAAUGUACAGGAGUGCGAGGUGCCCGCAGAGGCACUGCAGCUCAUACGACGCCACCGCAGGCGCUGCGUGAUUGAACACACCAACCCGGCUUUUUACUGAGCACACGGGCGUCUUCUGACAAGCGGUUUAUUUACCGCAGCUUUAUGAUCAGUUGCUGUCGAGUGUGUGUGUGUGUGUGUGUGUGUGAGGCUUAAGAUGACAAGGUGUGCAAUAUGUCUGUAAAAAAAAAAUAGUUACCUUGCCACUACAUGAUGUCGAUGUGUGUAAGAGUAUUUAUCAGAUAAAAAGGUUACUGGUUUUCUAUUCAAAGUCUAUUAUGUCUGUCUGCUUUUGAAAGAUAAUAUGUCUCCAAAAGCUUUAACUAAAAUUAUAAAUCUGGAACGUGCUUUUCUGUGGCAUUACCACUGUCCAAAGGUACUUUGCUUUAUUUUAAUCUGUGUGUUUUAAUGGUUUUUGAAACUAUCUUUAUAGUUCUCUUAUGAUGUUUGUAUGAUACUGUUUCAUGGGAAUAUUUGCACUUUAAAAUUCAUAUAUGAUGAUAGCUAGCAUUGCAAAGAUCUUUUUUUAUUGUGUUUUGUUGAACAGCCCAUACACUUUUCUGAUAUUUUAUUUUAUUUUUUUGUAUUUUUGUUUUUCCACUUGCAAUAUGGAAGUAAAAAAAAAUGGAACUGACUUCUACAUGACCCUUUUCGAACCUCUUUUGUCCCUGAAUAUCAAAUGGUCUGUAUUGCAUGUGCCUUUAAGAGUGACGUAUGUAAGCAGCCCCUGUUCUGAUUGGCUGACCUCUUCCUGCCCCCUACCUGUGACAUGUAAAGUGGUAUGAAAAUCUCCAAAAAAAAUUCAAAAUGUCAUCCGCUCAACAGGGCGGCACGGUGGUGUAAUGGUUAGCAUUGUCGCCUCACAGGAAGAAGGUUUUGGGUUCGAGCCCAGUGACCGAUGGGGGGUCUUUCUGUGUGGAGUUUGCAUGUUCUCCCCGUGUCUGUGUGGGUUUCUUCCGGGUGCUCCAGUUUCCUCCACAGUCCAAAGACAUGCAGGUUAGGCUAAUUGGUGGCUCUAAAUUGACCGUAGGUGUGAAUGUGAGUGUGAAUGGUUGUUUGUGUCUAUGUGUAAGUCCUGCGAUGACCUGGCAGCUUGUCCAGGGUGUACCCCGCCUCUCACCUGUAGUCAGCUGGGAUAGGCUUCAGCUUGUCCACGACCCUGCACAGGAUAAGUGGUUACGGAUAAUGGAUGGAUCGAUGGAUAGUUAUAGUCUGUGCAAAUUAAAUUAAAAUUAAAUACGAGUAGCCCAAAUUAAACUGCCUCCUUUUUAGAAUAGUUAUGAACUCACUCCAGCCUGCAAAAACACCCACGUCAGGAAAUUCUGAAAAUAACCGAUGCAAUACAUUACAAUGAAAUGAAGUACUGAGGUGUGUUUUGCUGUAAGGUGAACUGUAAUUGGAAAUGUCUUCUUCAUCCAUAAGUAGUAACGUUCAAGCAAAAAUUGCACAUUCUUGAUCAAAAAGCAGUCCAGAUUAAAAUAGUUAAGUGCUUACCAGAUUCUUCAGAUCAAAAUGCCACUCCUUUGCCAGUUCCAGAUCCUUUGGAAAGCUGGGUAAAGAUAUAUUCAGCAACAUUUAGCUGCGUUCACCAAUGUCUUCUGUAUGCACCAGUUCAUCUGUUUAACACUACCAUUCAAAAGUUUGGGGUCACCCAGACAAUUUUGUGUUUUCCAUGAAAAGUCACACUUUUAUUUACCACCAUAAGUUGUAAAAUGAAUAGAAAAUAUAGUCAAGACAUUUUUCUGGCCAUUUUGAGCAUUUAAUUGACCCCACAAAUGUGAUGCUCCAGAAACUCAAUCUGCUCAAAGGAAGGUCAGUUUUAUAGCUUCUCUAAAGAGCUCAACUGUUUUCAGCUGUGCAAACAUGAUUGUACAAGGGUUUUCUAAUCAUCCAUUAGCCUUCUGAGGCAAUGAGCAAACACAUUGUACCAUUAGAACACUGGAGUGAGAGUUGCUGGAAAUGGGCCUCUAUACACCUAUGGAGAUAUUGCACCAAAAACCACACAUUUGCAGCUAGAAUAGUCAUUUACCACAUUAGCAAUGUAUAGAGUGGAUUUCUGAUUAGUUUAAAGUGAUCUUCAUUGAAAAGAACAGUGCUUUUCUUUCAAAAAUAAGGACAUUUCAAAGUGACCCCAAACUUUUGAACGGUAGUGUAUAUGUAAAUGUGUUCAUGUUCAUGGUUGUGAUGUCACAUGCUGAAACAGGCUGCAUUUGAGUUUCUAUAUAUAAAUAUCAAUGUUUACAUGGUACAGCAAAUUGAUUGAUUAAACAAAAAACAUGUAACUCCAAUUUUCUACUCAGUGUUCUUUAAAUGCCCCAAUAAUUAUAGCAAUAGAAGGGCUAAUAGAGGUGUUGGUUGAAGGAAAUGCUGAAUGAUACAACAAAGUAUUGCUGCUACAA